UUUAAUUUCAGACAACCUUAUGCUGCUUUAUCUUCAAUGAGUGCUCAUAUGCAUUGAGCAAUAUUGACUAUGAAACUUUUGUUCAUAUAUAAAUAUAUAACAUAACAAAGGCAAUAUGCCUAUGGCAAAGGUAACGGCGAAACACACACAACAAGCAACACCUUGUUGCUUAUUGGUGCGACAUUGUUGUCAUUGUCACUAAUAAUAGCAACAUAAAUUCUCAUUACCUUAGUGAAUCGAAUGGUUGAGAAACAAAACAUGAGAACCGGCAAGCUGACUGACCCUUACACACAUAUACUUGAUCUACUCAACGAUUUUUUGCUGCCGCUUACUGGAAUGAUGUAAUCUUAUUUGACAUCCUUAAGGGAAAAGAGAUCCAUACGACCCAUCUUUACAGAGGGCGUUCGGAAGAGAAAACUGCUACGCUAAGUUUCUUGCCCAUUUUAUCAUAUCGCAUCGACAAAGAUUACUCGGAGCUUGUACAUGUAUCUUUAUUGAACAGCAUGGAUUCCGCACAAAACGCUUCAACCUUAGGCCACGAAACAUACAUUUCCCGAGAGCGCACCGUGUGUCAUCCGCUAAAGCAGGCGCUCCGCGCUGUGCCUGUUAGGGUCUCAAAACUCUUCUAGCGUAGGUGGCGGAAUAUUCUAGUUUCAACCUUUUGUUGAGUCAACUGACAUCCCAGAAGGUGAUAACCUGAAUCCAGUCGUUCUUUUUUUGCUGCUUAAGGAUCUGGUCCUCCGCAUUUAAGAUCCAGUAGGACACGUAAAAGAGCUGGUUUGCGCCGAUGAACUUAUCCUAUUUGGAAAGGAUUAGCUUCACGCCCAGCAAUAUCUCGCAAGGUUCUUUAUUUAAAUGAUAUGGUACUCGUGAUCAACAUAAGCAAGGAGGUCGCAAAGGCCGCCUCGUUGUUAUCGCCGUACUCGAUAUAGGACGAACGGCUCUGAUGUAUCUAAUCACCUUGAAGUAUCUAGGUAUAAUUUUACUUACAAGCAGCCGAAUGUACAAACAGCAAACCGCAUCAGAAGCACAGCAUGGCAUGUGGUGGCGAGUGUGGAAAUACCAACUUUCUCCAAACUUUCCUUACAAACGGCGCCAGCCCUGUUUGACAUUAAGGUGGGUUAAGUACCUUUCUUCAGAACUGUGGAUUAUGUGAGAACACCUCUGCUUGGCACAGUUAAAAAAAAGCUUAACAAAUUACCCUUUAUUUCUAAAACGCUCUAUGAGACUACAUGCCAUAUCAUAGAACAGAUACGUGUGCCUCUUAAGGCAGCUAUUUGCACCGAAUCUGGCAUGCAAACGUUGCACUAUUUCCGCUUAUUUAGAAUCUAUCUCCACAAAAAGAUGGCGGAGAUCGAUCCCGACUUCUACAACAGGAGAAGGCAUGACUCAUGAAAUAUGGAAAAAGACAAAAAGGGAACCAACCGAUACAUAAAUACGCACUUCGCAGGUACAUGAGUUUCACUGCAUCCUAUGUGGUACGCAGGGUUUUCAUUUGCCAGGCGCUACGUGCGUUUGCACAAGAUUUGGUGAAAUAUGCCUGAAGUGCCAUGUGGCGUCAUGUAUUGCAGCAACUUCGCUGAACGGUCUUUCAAGCCGGGCCAUUAAUCUUGAAAUGUUCAUACAUUCACGUAGUGAAACAGCGUUUAUGUACGCAUAGAAAAACAUUUGUAUUUCUAAGUUGUUCAGUCACCGUUUGUCAGCUCAUAGCAUUUCUCUAAAUGGCGGUGCUUUGAAUCAUGUCUACUGUUUCGCGUUUUUCAGCUCGUCUAUUUACGGACCACUUUACCACGUGGCUUUCAUUGGAGCUGUGGCGUCAGCUACACGUUCAGCGAGUGCGGAUGGGUCUCAUAGGGGAUGUGUCGCCACGCAGACUCUAUCCAGACAUCCCUGACCCGAAGGGUGAAUGUCCUGCAGUUGAAGUGAUGCGAUUCCGCCAUCCCCAAGGUUAUUAUGCUAUGUCACAUGUGCCACGCGGAAACAGUGUUCUUUUUCUUUUUGGCAGAAAUGGCGUACUUUUCCGCGUAGGCAACAUUGUCCAGCACCGAAUUACGGGCUAUCGUGGAGUUGUAGUUGGAUGGGACUUACGAGCUCGUGCACCACACGAUUGGUUUAAGGCGCAUUACGAGCCAGACAACGUACUAGCUGCACAUAUUCGGUCGGAACCCCACUACGCUGUUCUAGUCGAUAUCCGGGAUCGAUCACCACCUCAGAUGGUGUACGUGCCCCAGCAUUUGCUCAUCCGAUACCAGCUACCGCAGAUAGCUGCCUCUACGCCGCGGGCUGCGUUUGAGCAGGUUGUUCACCCAGUGCUAGAGGAUUACUUCGUUGACUUCAAUGGACUCAACUACGUUCCUCGACCUUGGCUCAGGGCACUUUAUCCUCGUGACUAGCAGUUUAUGUAGGUCUUAAGCCGUGACCUACGAAUAAAUAAAGACGGCAAGACAGACAUGCUCAUUGAAGGAAGUUACGUAGUUAAAGGAGCAGCACAACAAAGAUACCAAAAACCAGAAAUAAAUCGCCAGCGGGCUAUUAUCUUC